AUGUUACCUCCUGAAGGCUAUUCCUUACCUGCCCCACACCUGGUCUGUAAAUUGGCUCGCUCUCUUUAUGGCUUGAAGCAAGCCUUUCGACAAUGGAACAUCGAACUGACCGCUAAGCUUGAAGAUUUUGGAUACGUGCAGUGCCCACAUGAUGAUUGCCUGUUCUUGAAGAUUACUUCCACAUGCUUUGUUGCCUUACUAAUCUAUGUUGAUGACAUUUUAUUAACAGGUGAUUCUACUGCUGAGAUUGCCGCCUUGAAAGAUUACUUGCACUCCCUCUUCACCAUCAAGAAUUUGGGAUAUGCUAAGUAUUUUUUAGGGCUGGAGUUUGCUCGCUCCUCUCACGGACUUCUUGUCACACAACACAAGUAUCUCACAGACAUCAUCGCUGAUGCCCAUUUGCAGGAUGCGAAGAUCGCUUCCACACCUCUGCCAUCGGAUUUUAACCUCACUGAUGAUGCUGGAUCUUUAUUGUCUGAUCCUAGUUUAUACAGGCGCUUGGUGGGUCGCUCUUGUACCUCGGCUUCACGCGACCCGAUAUCUCCAUCGCCUUUCAACAACUCUCUCAAUUCCUUCAGCAUCCAUGGUCCUCCCAUUGGGAUGCUGCGCUCCACGUCCUCCGCUAUCUCAAAGCCCAUUGUGUACACAGACGCCUCUUGGGCCUCAUGUCCUGACUCGCGCCGUUCUAUCACUGGGUAUUGCAUCUUCUUGGGUUCCUCCAUCGUUUCCUGGAAGACCAAGAAACAGAUGACAGUUUCUCGUUCCUCCGCCGAGGAUGAAUAUCACAGCAUGGGGUCGGCUGUUUGCAAGCUUCUUUGGAUCACUUACAUUUUGUGUGCUUUCCAGGUCUCUUUUCGCAUCCCUGUUUCUUUUUGGUGCGAUAACCAGGCUGCCAUUCACAUCACCGCCAACCCGGUCUUCCAUGAGCGCACCAAGCACCUCGACAUUGAUUGUCACGUCGUGUGCGAUCAGUUUAAGUUGGGGCUCAUCCAGCCCACUCACGUCCCUGGACAUAACCAGCUGGUUGAUUUGUUCACUAAGGCCUCUUCUGCUGCAGAUUUCGCUUGCCUUUUUGUCAAGCUGGGCUUGGCUCCCCAAGCUCCACCUUGA